GUUGUUGUUCGUUCUGGAGGUGAAGUGAGCGGACAGUCGGAGGGACAGCAGCGGGGACAGCAGCGGGGACAGCAGACAAUAGGCAGGGGCAGUUGUUUCCGAUAUCAUCACGGAAAAUAUCGCCACGGUAAAAGAAAAUAAUCGAUGGAUCACCUGACUUUGUCUCAGAGGAGCUACCCCAACCUGGCUGUGGUGACACGUGUGUUGAAUCAGGACCGAGGGGACUUUUUGGUGAGGAGGGAGGUCAGGAGCACUGGUUACAUGGUCAAUGGAGAGCAUGAUGACAGAACCGCACCACAGUUUCGCAACCGUAAAGGCAGAGGCCCCCACAAGGGUCGGUCUUAUGACAGGUCCCGCAGAGACCGCCAACGGGGCAGCCACGCUGGAGGCUUUGGGGGUCCUGGGCCACGGUCUAGGCUCGACGAUCCCGAUCCAGAUGUAACCAUGAGUGACAGCUCUCAGGACAGCAGCUCCCAGCACAGAUUCACCCCGUAUGGAAGACAUAAAUGGAAGGCUGGAGAUGGACGCUUUGACAGAGACCGGCGAGGCAAAGGGGGAGGAGGUGGAAGAGGCGGCUUUAGAGACCGACCUGGAGGCAAUGGAGGAGGGGGGAAAAACCGGUCGGGCUGGUACAAAGUAACGAUACCACACGGAAGAAAAUAUGACAAGAACUGGUUAUUGACAGCUCUUAGGAACAUCUGCUCAGUGCCCUACACACCUGUACAGUACCAUGUUGAUCAUAACAGGGCCCAUUUCUAUGUGGAUGAUUCCUCUGCUGCCAAUGCUUUGCACAAAUGUUCUCACAAGAUCACGGACACAGAUGGUUAUAAGGUGGAAGUGCACGUCAACCCCAGCGCUCCUCCAUCCUUCCUCCUUGCGGAGCUGAAACCUGAACACUUGGAGCACCUGAAGCAAUGUAUGGCCAAACGUUUUGAUGGCUCCCAGCAAGCAUUGGACUUGAACAACAUCCGAACAGACCCAGACUUGGCGUCCCAGAACAUUGAAGUCAUCUUGAAUAGGAAGACAAACAUGGAGGCUGUCAUCAAGAUCAUUGAAGAAAACAUUCCAGAGCUGACAUGCUUGAACCUGAGCAACAAUCGUAUUCACAAACUUGAUGAACUCACCGAUUUGGUUUCCAAGGCGCCCAAUCUGAAGACUCUCAACCUCUCCCACAAUGAGCUGAAGUCAGACCGGGAGCUGGACAAAGUGAAAGGCCUGAAGCUGGUGGAGCUGUGGCUGAACAGGAACCCUCUGUGUGACCUCUUCAAGGAUCAGGCCUCAUACAUCAGUGCCGUGCGGCAGAGGUUUCCCCGGCUUCUCAAACUGGAUGGUCAUGACCUCCCUGCGCCCAUUGGAUUCGAUGUGGAAACGCCCACCACUAUCCCCCCCUGCAAGGGCAGUUGUUUUGGCUCAGACGAAAUCAAGGCCCUCAUUCUCCGGUUCCUGCAACAGUACUACAGUAUAUACGACUCUGGGGACAGACAGCCACUCCUGGAUGCUUACCAUGAUGGAGCAUCGUUAUCCCUCACAACACCUUACUCCACCCAGAACCCCUCCAGGAGCAGUCUGGGAGAAUAUCACAAAGACACUCGAAACCUGAAGAGAAUCAAAGACUCCACGAUACGGUUUCGACUUCUGAAGCAUACACGACUGAACGUGGUUGCUUUCCUCAAUGAGUUGCCCAAGACUCAGCACGACAUCGCCUCCUUUACUGUCGACGUGAACACCUACACGAACACACUACUGUCGUUCACAGUGAGUGGAGUCUUCAAAGAAGUUGCUGUUGAUGGUAAAUCUCGAGAGUCCACCAUGGCUUUCUCCCGGGUUUUCAUCACUGUCCCAGCAGGGAACUCUGGUUUGUGCAUCGUGAACGACCAGCUUUUCAUCCGGAUGGCUACAACAGAGGAGAUCCGCCGGGCCUUCGUUGCUCCCGCCCCAACUCCAUCUUCCAGCCCCGUUCCCACCCUCACUGCACCGCAGCAGGAGAUGCUCACAGCCUUCUCACUGAAGUCUGGCAUGAACCUGGAAUGGUCCCAGAAGUGUCUGCAAGACAAUGAGUGGGAUUUCAACAGAGCUGCUCAAAUUUUCACUCAGUUAAAGACGGAUGGCAAGAUCCCCGACGUUGCGUUCAUAAAAUGAAGAGAUUACUCAUACUUCUGUGAAAUAAAAUCUGCAGUUAUUUUAUUUAUGGCUUGUGCUUUAUCCUUUAAACUCUGCCUUUUGUUUUAUUAAAAUUAAAAAUAAUGUAGCGCAAGUUUACUAUUUUGUUUUAACAGCCAACUGUUUGACCGAGGACUGAUGUUAUGAUACCAUCUUUGGUUGUCAUUGUAACCAUAGUUUUUGGUCGUUUGUAUAGAAAUCACUACAUGUUUUCAUAGGAAUAAAGACAGAUGGACAGUGGUCAAACUUGAGUUCAUGUCAAUGUUGUAUUAUGUUCAACAAUAAAUACAUUUUGUUACACAA